UCAUUGCUUGGAUAACUCGUCGAAAUCAAUACAAAGAAAAACGCUUAUAAUAGUAAAAGUAAAACAUGUAGAUAUAUGAACUCGUUAAAUUCCCAUUAAAAUCAACAUAAGAAAAAACACUCCAUCAUUCACUGAUCAUCAGUCGAUGUUGUCAAAGGGAGUGGCGAUGCAAGUGACUCAUACCUAAGUGGCAUUAACUGACUUGGUGGGUGGCUGAAGCAAAUACAGGUGAAGAAAUGAGCAAUCUCCUUUUUCGUUAUGGUUUGAGAAAAAAAUUGUCGCUCACCAAGAUAAAGAGGCCAUUAAAGGGCCAGAGAUUUCUUGAUAUCUUAGCUCCAAAGCCAAAUGUGAUCAAGAAUCACCAAAAUUGUCUUCAAAUCAUUGAGGACUUUCUCCAAACAGAUUCUGAGCAAAAUUGUAAACACCCAUUGGAUAAAGAACACUCUUUUUCGUAUUCAAAGGAAGAAGAUUCAGUUUCAUUGUUAUUUAGGUUACAUAAAGAAGGGUCUAAAAUUGGGGUUAGUUUAGUAUCGAAUGCUAUGAGUUUGUGCGCGUCGAAAAGGGUUUUUAGUUUAGGGAUUCAAGUUCAUUGUUUGGCGAUUGUUAAUGGGUUUUUAUCCAAUGUGUAUAUUGGUAGUUCUUUGAUCACUUUUUAUGGUAAUUUUGGAGGAAUUGUAGAUGCGUACAAAGUGUUUGAUGAAAUGCCUGUGAGAAAUGUUGUGUCUUGGAAUGCUAUGUUAAACGGGUUUGCGAAGGAGAACGAGUUGGAUAUGUGUUUGAAGCUGUAUAAGGGAAUGAUGUGGUUGGGAUUGAAGGUUAAUGAAUUUGCCUUUAUGAGCUUGUUGAGUGCGUGUAUGGGUAGUGGAUGUUUUGGUCAUGGAAGGAGUAUCCACUGCCAGAUAAUUCUUAUGGCUUUUGAGUCCUAUGUACAAGUUGCAAAUGCCAUUUUAUCAAUGUAUUGUAAAUGUGGGGAAGUAAAGGAUGCUAUUCACAUUUUUGAAAAUACAAAGAGUAAAGAUUUGGUGUCGUGGAACUCGAUGAUUUGUGGAUAUGGACAGCAAGGACAAGCAAUUCAAGCUAUUGAACUUUUUGAGGAAAUGAAGAAGCAAGAAGUGAGGCCUGAUUCCAUUACUUUCCUUGGGGUGUUGUCUUCUUGCCGCCAUGCAGGUUUUGUUAAAGAAGGCAUGUCUUAUUUUUAUUCAAUGGUUUAUUAUGGUGUGAAGCCAGAGCUAGUUCAUUAUUCAUGUAUCGUGGAUCUUCUAGGACGAGCACGUUUUUUAGAAGAGGCUCGUGAGUUUAUCAUGAAGAUGCCAAUUCAACCAAAUGGUGUUAUAUGGGGUUCCUUGCUUAUGUCGUGUAGGCUUCAGGGGAACUUUCGGUUGGGAAUUGAGGCUGCAGAGAAUAGGCUUGCACUGGAACCAUGGUCCACCUCUACCCAUUUGCAGCUGAUAAAUUUAUACGCUGGUUUAGGAUACUGGGAUCAGGCAGCUAGAGUGCAGAAGUUGAUGAAAGAUACCAGACUUAAAAGGGAUCCUGGUUAUAGUUGGAUCGAGAUAAGCAAUCAAGUUUUUCGAUUCACUGCUGAAGAUAUAUCAAUGGGACAUAUUAAAUCAAUUGCUAGUUUGGUGGAUAUUUUGGUGGAUCACAUGAGAAGCUUGGGUGUAGAAGAAAUUGAUUCCAGUGAAUAGUAAUGUAGAGUAUGCACAAUUUUGCAUAUGAGCCAGAUUCUUCUUUUCAUAUAUCAGGGAUAACCAUUUUGACUUGGGACAACAGCAUGAGUGCAAAGAAAUUGUUAAGAAAAUGGAUUUUGUGCUUAAUUCAAUUCCAAAAGCUAGCUCAUGCGGUGAAGAUUGCCGAAGACUGUACAAGAAGACAACAGGUCAUUACCCUUAUAGACUGCUAGAAAUGGAAGAUAAGAAUCCUGUUCAGCAAGCAGUGGCAUUUGUUAGACAGCGAGAUUAUAUAUGCGCCACUUUUGUAACGAGGGGCAUAUCAACUCUAAAUCGCCAAGUUGAGGGGUAUAUUUGCUCCUUUCUAUGAAUUGCGUCAUUCACAGCCAGCAGGUGGCAAUAAAUAUGAAAUUACUUUGGAUGCUACUUUGAUGACUACUCUAUCAACUCAAAACCCCUAACACGAUGAUACAUGCCUGGAUUAACCAUGUAGUCAAGAAAAAACAGCGUGAAGAUGGUGAGAUGAGAGCCCCUAAGUACCAGAAGAACCGUUGUGUUCUUGAUGCUGCCUUGACAUAUAGUGGUGGUGGUGUAAGAAGGUUAGCUGGAUUCUUUGAUGAAACUAGUUACUGCACUAGUUUUGCCUUGAACAAAACAACCUCAAAUAAGAGCCAGAAGAAGGACAUUGCUUGUCCAUGGAUCAUCUCUUUCUGAAACGGUCUCUUUAUUUUGUUGAAUUACUUUAGAUUGUGUGUUACAGCGUG